GAUGAAAGUCUAUUUCAACAAAACUAUCAAAAUAAGAGAUGAAAAUAAAUAAAAAGAAAUUUCAUACAAUAAAAAUAAACUUUUUUUUCUUCAAAAAAAUCACAUUUAACCAAUAGAAAAUGAAUAAAAGAAAAAAAAAGAAAAGAAAAGAGAAAAAAGAAGCAAUCUGUUUUGUUAGCUCUUACUAUUAUUACUAUUACCUACAUUUACUACUCAUUCUCUAAUAGGAUAAAAGGGAUGUGAAGAUUAACGAAGAUAGUAAGGAAAAAAAGAGGGGGGAAGAAGCAAAAGAAGAAACUAUUAUGAAACGAUUAUCACUUUGACUACCAUGAACAACAACUAACAACUAACACUAAUAAUAAUAAUAACAACAACAACAGGUCUACUGAUUUCUAUUCAGUAGUUGGAAAAACGAAAGAAAGAAAAGAAGUUUUUAUAAAAAUGUAAGUUCAUUAUAAAAUUCUCAUAGUGAUAUCAUAAUGAAUUGAAUCUAUGCUUGUAUAUAUAUAUACAUUAGAUACAUAGUCGUUUAGGGGGGAAAGACGAUUACUUGUCAUUAUCAUCAGAAUGAAUAAUACUCAUCCGUUGCUAUGGCAACAAUUAAUACAUUAUAUAACAAAUUAUAAACAACAACAACAUCAAACAUUGAAUAAUGAUCAUUCUUAUUAUUCAUCUUUUAAUUCCAUAGGAAUUAUACCAACAUCAACUAUUGAACAAUUAGAUCCAAUAGAGUCAAAUAAUGAUUAUGAUUAUGAACAAAUGAAUGUUACAAAUAGGAUGACAAUGUUUAUGAAUACUACGAGUAAUGAUAAUAAUCAAUUAUUAACUUCACUUGCAUCAUCACCAAUCACAACGAAUACAACAUUUUCAUCAUUGUCACCAGUGACUUCAGUGAGUCAUCAUCAUCAUCAUCAUCAUCAGUAUUAUCAUCAAACAUCUCCAUCUUGUUCUCCUCUAUCUCCUCUUCCAUCAGUUCAUCAUCAAAAUCAUCAACAUCGUCAUCAUCAUCAUCAUCCGCAUAAUCAUUUACAUGUUAAACGUCCAAUGAAUGCAUUUAUGGUAUGGUCAAGAGGACAACGACGUAAAAUGGCACAAGCUAAUCCAAAAAUGCAUAAUUCAGAAAUAAGUAAAAGAUUAGGUAUUGAAUGGAAAUUAUUAACAGAUAAUGAAAAACGUCCAUUUAUUGAUGAAGCUAAACGUUUAAGAGUAAAUCAUAUGAAAGCAUAUCCAGAUUACAAAUAUAGACCAAGAAGAAAACCGAAGUAUUCAAGAAAACAAGAAAAAUUUAUCCAACCACCUAUACAAGAUAUUACAUAUCAACUUUAUGGUACAACCCAUGGAUUAUCCAAUUAUACUUUAUUAAAUAGAUCAUUAACUAAUCAAUCUUUAUUACCUUCAUUAUCAAUAACUAAUGAUCAAAAAACAACAAUUCAUUUAUUAAAUAAUUUAAGUAGUAUAUUCACUGAUCAAUUUAAUAUUGAACAUACGGAUGAAUUGAAUACCAUUCAAAAUAUAGAAGGUAAUUCAUGUUUUACCAUUACAAAACCUCCUAAUGUAAUAGAUACAAAUCAUAGUAACUAUGGUUAUAACUGUGAUCAGCAACAACAACAGCGACGACAACACCAGCAACCACAGCAACAACAAUUCGAAUUAAAUAAACCAACAUUUAUGCUUUCACGUUUAUUAGAUCAAAUCAGUAAUAAUAAUAAUAAUAUGGAAGAGAAUAAUGAUUCUAUGACAACAGAAUUAAUGACAACAUCUAAAUCAACUAUGAAUAAUACAAUUCAUACAUUGAGUUAA